CAACGGAAUCAUUUGUCCAGCCACACAUCGGUGUCUGUAUUGGACACCUUGUGUCAAAAAUUCAUUCAGUUAUGUAUGUAAAGCAUGCCUGCACUGGCUCUUGCAGGCAAGCCGCUGUCAACGUGAGAGGGGGGGAAACGCACGUGUUUUCCACGGGUCAUGUAGACAGACCAUACACCUGUCUUGCCCUGGCCUCGCGUCACCCCUUGCUACUCUCUAUGCAGGGAUAUACGGUUUCCCCUCAGCCGCGGUUGAUCUGAGCGUGAGGUGCACGAGCUGAGCGCUACCGGGGGUAACGUCACUGCUCGUGGCUUCACCGCAUCAGUCUUCCCUCUCAACAAUAGCGGCGGCAGCAGCAGCGAGUGCGUUGAUAGGAAGCGUAGAACCUCGGCAGAUGCGCUCACACUGUCAUUUUGAAAUGUUGGAGAAACUACGCCUGUCCAAAAACCUUUUUGUCCAGAUUCAAAGCGCCGAAGUGCACUUUGAAGGCAUCGAUAUGCGCCGAGGCAGGAUUGUCUUAAAAUUGAAAUAGUGAAGAGGUCGGGCGAGCUCAGAGGGUUAGAUUUCCUAAGGAUGAGUAGUGACAAAGGGGAUACUGUCAUGCUUUAGCGUUUGGAACCAAUAUAACUUGACUGAGGGUCUCCGGAGAUUUGGACAGCGGAUUUUUUUAAAAUACAUUUUUGGGAACAAUCAUGCCUGUUCGGAGAGGUCAUGUGGCGCCACAAAACACCUUUUUGGGGAUAAUUAUAAAGAAAUUCGAAGGGCAAAAUAAGAAAUUCAUCAUAGCCAAUGCCCGGGUUCAGAAUUGCGCCAUCAUCUACUGCAAUGACGGCUUCUGUGAGAUGACCGGCUUCUCGCGGCCGGACGUGAUGCAGAAGCCGUGCACCUGUGACUUCCUGCACGGAGAGUUCACCAACCGGCACACCAUCUCCCAGGUGGCCCAGGCUCUGCUGGGCUCUGAGGAGCGCAAGGUGGAGAUCACCUACCACCGCAAAGAUGGCUCUGACUUCCUGUGUAACACUCACAUCAUCCCAGUGAAGAACGAAGAGGGCGUCGUCAUGAUGUUCAUCCUAAACUUCGACUACGUCCCAGAGGAAGGAAGCAGCGACUCUCUGGAGAGACUCAACCCCAAGUCUCCUGCCAAAGCUGAGCCACGGAAAGGGAGGUUCUUUCGUUUGCGGCUGCCUGCCUUGCGGCUCCUGGGCAUAAGCAAGCAGUCCCUCCCCCAGGAGGACCCGGACGCGGUCACGGUCGACUCACCCCGCCGCAGUGAUGAGUCGGUGGCCACCCGUGACAUCCAGUCCCUGCCCACGCGGGACAGCUGCAGCCCGUCCUACGCCAACGACACCCGAGCCCUCAUCGGCCGCAGUCACUGCUCCACCCCGCUGUCCGGGCCCCUCGACCACUCAUCCCCCAAGGGGCCCGUCUGGGACAGGUUGGCCCCGCAGGUCCUACCCCAGACCGUUACCCCAUUGGGCCCCGCGAUCCCGGGCCUGACCCCCACGGCCUCCGGGGAGAGUGUGUGCAGCAUCCGCAGGGCCUCCUCCAUCCAAGAUAUGGAGGGAUUCGGCUCCAACUCCAAGAUGGCCUUCAGGGACCGACACGCCAGUGAAGACAAUGGCCGCAAUAUCAAAGUGUCUCGCUCCUGGAUGGCUGGGGGACCCUUCAACCAGAUAAAAUCCAGUCUUCUGGGCUCCACGUCCGACUCCCACCUCAACAGAUACAGCACCAUUAACAGGAUCCCCCUCAUCACGCUAAAUUUCUCGGAGGCCAACAACGACAAGAAGUGCCCGUCCCCUCAGUCCUCUGAGAAAACCAUCAUCGCCCCGAAGGUCAAGGACCGAACACACAACGUCACUGAUAAGGUCACACAGGUGUUGUCCCUGGGCGCAGAUGUGCUUCCAGAAUACAAGCUCCAGACCCCGCGCAUGGACAAGUUCACCAUCCUCCACUACAGCCCCUUCAAAGCGGUGUGGGACUGGCUCAUCCUCCUGCUGGUCAUCUACACGGCCAUCUUCACCCCUUACUCCGCCGCCUUCCUCCUCAACGACCUCGAGGAGCAGAAGAGGAGGGAGUGCGGGUACUCGUGCUCACCGCUCAACGUAGUCGACCUCAUGGUGGACAUCAUGUUCAUCGUGGACAUACUGAUCAACUUCAGGACGACCUACGUCAACCUCAACGAGGAGGUGGUCAGCCACCCGGCGAAGAUAGCCAUCCACUACUUCAAGGGUUGGUUCCUCAUCGACAUGGUGGCUGCCAUCCCCUUCGACCUGCUCAUCUUCGGCUCCGGAUCAGAUGAAACCACCACUCUGAUUGGACUGCUAAAGACCGCCCGGUUGCUCCGAUUGGUUCGCGUGGCCCGUAAGCUGGAUCGGUAUUCAGAGUACGGCGCCGCCGUCCUUAUGCUCCUUAUGUGCAUCUUCGCCCUCAUUGCCCAUUGGCUGGCCUGCAUCUGGUAUGCCAUUGGCAACGUGGAGAAGCCCUAUCUGGAGCACAAGAUUGGCUGGCUGGAUAACCUGGGCGUGUCCAUUGGGAAGAGGUACAACUACAGCGACCCCAGCUCGGGGCCGUCCAUCAAGGACAAAUACGUCACGGCCCUCUACUUCACAUUCAGCAGCCUGACCAGCGUUGGCUUCGGGAACGUCUCCCCCAACACCAACUCGGAAAAGAUCUUUUCCAUCUGCGUCAUGCUCAUCGGCUCCCUGAUGUACGCCAGCAUCUUUGGCAAUGUGUCGGCCAUCAUCCAACGCCUGUACUCUGGCACGGCGCGGUACCACCUGCAGAUGCUCCGGGUCAGGGAGUUCAUCCGCUUCCACCAGAUCCCCAACCCACUGAGACAGCGCCUCGAGGAGUACUUCCAACACGCCUGGACCUACACCAACGGAAUCGACAUGAACAUGGUCCUGAAGGGUUUCCCGGAGUGCCUUCAGGCCGAUAUCUGUCUCCACCUCAAUGCAAGUCUGCUGCAGGGCUGCAAGGCUUUUCAGGGGGCCACCAAGGGCUGCCUGAGGGCCCUGGCCAUGAGGUUCAAGACCACUCACUCCCCACCUGGCGACACCUUGGUCCACUGCGGAGAUGUGCUCACUGCCCUCUACUUCCUGUCCCGGGGCUCCAUCGAGAUCCUCAAGGACGACAUUGUGGUGGCCAUUUUGGGGAAGAAUGACAUCUUCGGGGAGAUGAUCCACAUGUACGCCAAGCCGGGGAAGGCCAACGCCGACGUGCGGGCUCUCAGCUACUGUGACCUGCACACCAUCCAGCGGGAAGAGAUUCUGGAGGUGCUGGAGAUGUACCCCGAGUUCGCUGACUACUUCCUCAACAACCUGGAGCUGACCUUUAACCUCAGAGACGAGAGCGGCAAGCCCCAGAAUGCGGGAUCUGUCUACCCCUACCCCAGUGAUUCAGAUGGGGAAGACGCCCGAUGCCGAAGGAGGCUCGUUAACCGGAGGCCAUCUUCCACAGGGACCCAGAUUGACGAGGGCUCUGUGUUCUGCGACGGCGUUAAGCGAGACGGGCAGGCUGUGGCGACCGCGGCGAAGAGGAGAGACUCAGCAGAGGACAGGGAGGAGGAGGAAGAGGAGGAUGAGGAAGGGGAGGAGGAAGAGCAGAGGCCUCUCUGUUCCGGGGUGCAAGGUUACCCCUCAGUGAGGGACCACGCCUCGGCUCUGGGCCUAGCUGAUGUUGUGCCGGACCCACAGGCUGGAGGGGACCGCACAGAGACAACCCAACCUUAUAAAGAUCUGCGUACGGAGGAGUGGGUCCGCGUGAGGCCCAGGGAGGUCCCGGCGGAGUCGGCCCAGGCCCCGGACCCUCUGGGUGGGGCGGGGGAGGAAGACAGCGAGACGGACAUUACCUACGGAGAGGUCGAGCACCGUCUGGACCUGCUCCAGGAGCACCUCAACAGACUGGAGUCCCAGAUGACGUCAGACAUCCAGGCCAUCCUUCAGCUGCUGCAGCGCCAGUCCGCUGGGGGUCCCCCGGCCUACUGCGUGGUCACGGCCAGCCCGGAGUACCAGAGACCUGCCGUCAGGGUGUCGGCUGUGUCCACCCGCUGGACGCUCGCAGACCCUCGUCAGAGCCAGAACCAUGCGGCACCGCCACUGGCCCAGAACCCUGACGAGACGGAGCCCCUGAACAAAUCCAAAGAAUCCGCCCCAGGCCGGGGUCCGACGGAAACGUCCGCGGAAUGGGACACCGAGGUGGGGGACGUGGACCACAGACACACACGAAACAAAAUGGACUCUCCGGAGCAACAACAGCCUCAGCAGCAACCUAGAGCCCUCUUCCCCUCUACCAGACAAGCCUCGUUCCCUGACACAUCUCCUGGACGUUCGGAAGCAUCAGGCCUACACAGGCCGGUGUCUGAUCCCGGACUGCUGGGAGAGUAGGCCCUCACAUCCGCAUCCAUCCCUGUUUCACUUGCUCGGGAAAACUAGAGCUUCUCUCAAAGUUUGACUCAGGGUCAAAGAAGGUGACUGCAUAUGCAAGGAAUACUGUCGACUUUCUUCCAUUCCUUUUCCAAUAUUUUCAGUCUCCCAUUUAGAUGUAUUAUAAAGUACAUUUAUACAGAGGUAUUUAUACGGUGUGUCACCAUGUCACAGUUAUCCACAUGUAUAUAGUUUUGAUGUAACACCGGCAGCGACACAGAGGCACCAAACAUGCUUGUUCUUCCAAGAGAGAAAAGUGCAUGUUUUGGAAAUGUUUUCUGUUGCAUGUUUAAGACACAACACAUAUCAUGUGGACUGCCAGGUCACGCUAUGGGUUCAGCAUGCUUUUCCAGUGUGAGUGUCGGUUUUACAGUUAUUUCAUGAGCUACUUGAAACUCUCUUUCAAAGGCGAUUGAGUGUGCGAUUGUUAACAAAUUUUUAUCAAAACAGACACUGUUUAAUGUGUUUGGCUCACUCAUCCCCAGACCAGACCAAUUAUACUUCAUCAUGUGCCUGAAAAGCAUCGACACAGAACCACUAUGUGCACAUCAGCUUUUAGAGUACAAACACACAGAUUAUUAUGCAAAGGAAUAUUAUAUAAAAUACUGGGAAAGCCCUUAUAGAAGGUGUCUCUAACACUACUUAACGUGUGAGAUUAUUUAUAAUCACUUGGCACCGUAAGUCUUUUUCUUGGGGCCAUGAAAGCAAUAACAAUUACAGGAACACACUCGUUCACACACACCGAUCAUAUUUAAUUAUUUGAUGCCGAUAAAUAAACACGGGUAAAGAUGCCCAAGACACUACUGUCGACUCACAAGGGAUGAACUAAAAGAGAAACCUUAAAAAAGAAAACUCAAGUUUUGAAUUUCUUUAACAAAAAUAAUGGGUGCAUAUGCAAGUUACUGUAUAUUAACAUUUACAAAGGGAUACUUUUCCACUUUACGUAGCUAUUUUCCUCACUGGGUCAGUUCAUAUGUAAUGUUUCACUAACGAAGACAUGUCAAAAAAUAAUUUGAUGACCAGUGUAUGGAUAUUUAAAAUCUGUCAUUUUUAUGUAAGUAUUGUAUUUCCUAGUGUAACCACACAUACAUUGGCAUUAACAUGGUGGACUUGUUUAUUUGGCAUUUAUGUAAUCGAUGUGAAGGAUAGUUUCUCUAGAAAUGACCUGCACUUACCGAAAUGCAUAAAACCAAAUGGCAGAAGUUGCAACCCAACAUUUAGAUCACAGCUUGCAUUUUCAGAUGCGGAAAACUAGAAUAAAUAGCAACUUUCUGAACCUGAAUUCCUUAGGUUAGGGUUAGCCUAACCCUAAGUUAUUUUAAUUGUAAUUAGAGGAAUCUAGCCCAAAUGUCCUUAUAAUAUUUGUUUGUGGUUGUGUAUAUAUGCACAUACAUAUGGAAUUACACAAAUGGUGAGGAAAAAACAAAGUAUUAUAACAUUAUACAAACAUCAUACAGUAGUUAAAAAAAAAUCAACAACUAAAUGGGAAACUGCCUUGAUGUGAUGUUAGCAGAUACAUGUAUGAAUUUGGCUAGGUCUUAGAACAACCAUGUUAGAACUUUCAACCUCAGCAUGUUGGUGAAGUAACAACAGGAUAGCAACACUUGACAGUUCCUUAUGAAAUGACACACUUUGAAGAAGCAAUUACAGUGGCAUAAAUUAACAAAAGUUUUUACUGAUUAGCAUUCAGGACAGUGUACCCAAGUCUCUACUCUGUUGUGGUGUCAACAAUUUCCAUAUGUACUUUCACAGGACGCCUUCGUAGGUUUUCAUCAGAAAGUAACCGCCCAAACUGACAGCAUGAAUUAUCACUUGUAGCUCUGGAGGAAAGUAUCGCUCUGGGAAUGUUCAGCCACAUUGGCCAACCUCUUUAUAUUAUAGUAGUAGUUUUGACAGAUUUGAUUCUGUUGUUGUUGAUGUCUGUAUGCAGGACGUUACCUCUCUGAGUAUACUUGACUAAUACCUUCAUGAGUAGGCCUUCCCCCACUAUAUUCAUGAGUAGGCCUACCCCCACCAUCUUCAUGAGUAAGCCUUCCCCCACGAUCUUUCUUUACGAGUAGACAUUUCCCCACAGUCUGACUAGGCCUAUGCGCCCACACGCACCCUCUACUUUCCAUGCAUGCUUGUGGUCUAGAAUAUUCCAAGAAAAAUAAUUGUAAUACUGCCCAAGAAGCAAAAUCAAUGGGGAGACAGUGUCAAAAAUCAAGUCUAGAUUCAGGCAGAUCUAGCAGCUUAGCGGUAAUUAGCCUUAGCCUUACUAGCCUACAUUAGCAUCAUUUCCUAAACACAUUUAUUCAGCUAAAUAAUAUGCAUUAAACAGUCGGCAAUGUAAAUGUUUUGAAUAGUCACAAUCUGCAUGUCACAAAAAUUAUAUAGUGAUUUUAGUCUCACGCCUUAGGGCGGUAUUCAAUCAAAUUCAUACCGCGAUAUGAAACCAGAUUGCAAAUCUGGCCAUGGUUACAUGAACAGACCAAGGCUCACAGUUCCCGGAGCAGGUUUGAUUGAAUCCCUCCUUAAGUUACACAAACACAGUCAGAUGUGUGGAACUGCAUGGUUGCAUCUAAUGGCAAUUUGUUUGGGUGGAUUAUAGAAGACGUUUGUGAUUUAUAAUGAAAGUGAAAAUAAUGCUAAAACAUGCACCCUAUUUUUCUAUAAAAGUAUACAUACUUUUUUAAGUGUUUAGAUUCAAUUGUAUCAGCCCUGAAAGAGUGAGACACAUUAUGAAUAUCAUGGUCCAAUAAUGUAGCAAGUAUCACAUUCUUAUAGCAUUUGGAAGGGGCACACUUAAUCUAGGGUGUUUUUCACUGUCAUUGGGGGAAUUAUAGCUUUCUGUAUAUAUGGCAGUACUGAGUCAGUUUAAUGUUAGUGACUCAACAAUGCCAUAUUGCUGUGUAACAUUAAGAUUAUUUUUAACUUUGAUCAAUUGAAAUCGUGCACGUUCCCGGCCCUACUGGUUAUUUAAGGCCAUACUCGGCUACCAGCCCUUUCAGAGGGAACAGCUCAUUUGCUGCAGGUCAUUGUAUUUGGCUGAUACCCAUGCUACCAAACUGGGGCUUGUACUAUAAUCUUUCCAGUGCACUUGAAAAGUCCAAUGCCUGAAAUGUCCCGUUGAAGUUUUUGCGGGGAUUUGCAAACUUUUGCACAGAAAUUUUAAUUGUGCCGUACUGGAUAUAAAUGUCACUUUUUAAAUCUAGUGCUGUUCACAAUUGUUUUUAUGCAUUUUUUUAAAUGUUUGCCACUGUAUUUUAUACAAUGCAACACUUAACAGCUAAUAUGAAUGUUUCUGUUCUUGAAUACUGUAUUUGAAGAAACGAAAUGGUGUAUAUACAGUAUAUUGAUCAAAACCUUUGCGCAAUUGUAUAUAUUAAUAAACAGAAUAUCAAAAUUACUACAAAAUGAGUUUAUUGAGUUCUGAAUAACAAAAAUGUCACUAGUGAAUGCCACAACGGUCAUGUUCAACUACAUAGAGUACUUUGAUAAAUAUCUCACAAAUAUGAAAAUGCUGAUUAACAACAUUAAAUAGUACAUUUAAAGCAUGCAUUUUCUUUUCACAGGAAUACCAGUGGAUGUUUACCACAGUGCUGGUUAUUCAUACAUUUGUAUAUGCUCAUAUGUUUAGGCAACAUUUGAUUCAAAUCAGGAGAUACAUAUAGAAGUCUCCUGACAAAAAACUAAUGCACGCGUGAUUUUAAAUGCAAAGCUAGGCCUAAAAUAA